AUGCGGUUGACCUCGAAACAGUCGUCGCUGGUCCUCCUGCUUCUGCCUGCUCUGGUCGCUGGACUGUCUACUCCUGCAUCUGCCGACCAAGCUGCCGGUCUCCCCCGAGGCGACAAGGCCGAUAAGGAUGCUGCCAUUGCUAUCCCUGGCCGCCCAGUAACUGGUACCAAGGACGCUCCCGUCGAUGGCAAAGAUGGCAAACCCCAUCUUGGUCCGUUUGUGGACACCGACAGACCAGCAUCCAUAGAUACAAAGCCAUCAAAGGACACUGCUCCCCUCAAGGGCAAACCCAAGGACCCUACCAUUGUUGAUGGCAAAAAGAUCCCCGAAACAAACGACAAUAUCAUGGCCGACAAAGGCCGCCAGAAGCCUGAGGAAGGCAAGACUGGUACCGAAGGUGGUGUGACCGAGAAAGACAAGGUCCGCAAGGAACAGGAGGAUAAGACUGGCGAGAAGAGCAUCACCAAGGUUGAAGCCCCCAAGGAACAGCCUCCACUGCCUCACAGUGCAGAGGAGAAGCUCAACAAAGGAAAGCCCAAGCCGGUAGACAAGACGCAGGACAAGGAAAAGGACGUCUCCAAGAGCAAGACGGAAAAAGAAGAUAUCUCAUACACAGGACUCGACAAACCCGAUGACUUACCCGAAAUGAACCGCGACAAGCAGCCCGUGCCGCAUUCUGCUGAUAAAGAACAUCUCAACGUUAAUAAACCAUCCUCCUCCAAAACCAAACCGACGACGAUUACACAGACUGGCACCGAUGACGAAGGCAUCAUCCAGCCCUUCCACUCAUUUAUUCUCUCUCUCACCAUGAUUCUCGUCUCUGAAGUUGGUGACAAGACCUUCUUGGUGGCAGCUCUAAUGGCUAUGAAGCAUGAUCGCAUGGUUGUCUUCUCUGCUGCAUUUGGCGCAUUACUGGUGAUGACUGUCUUGUCUGCUGUAUUGGGCCAUGCCGUCCCUGUUCUAAUUCCCAAACGCCUUACCAGCUUCCUCGCUGCCGGCCUCUUCUUCGUCUUUGGCGCCAAGCUUCUCCUUGAAGGAAUGAAGAUGGAUCCCAACGAAGGUGUUGCCGCCGAGAUGCAUGAAGUCGAACAAGAACUUGCUGAAAAGGAAAAGGAAAUGGGUCGCGGUCGCCACACGCAAUUAUCUGGCGAGGCCUUGGAGAUGGGCUUGGGCCGUAGCCCUCGAUCAAAGGGAGGCAUGCUAUCAUCACCGCCCCGAUCUCCCUCACAGUCGCCCGUACGAGCCUCGCGUCGCUCAGGCGGCCUCUCCGAUACCCUUCAUGGCGUUGGCAACCUGUUUGGUCUCCUGAUAAGCCCUGUCUGGGUGCAAACUUUUGCUAUGACCUUCUUGGGUGAGUGGGGUGAUCGCAGCCAGAUUGCUACCAUUGCCAUGGCUGCUGGCCAGGACUAUUGGUGGGUGACUCUUGGUGCUGUCUGCGGCCACGCCGUAUGCACUGGUGUGGCUGUUAUUGGCGGUCGUGCCAUUGCUGGCCGCGUCAGCAUGAAAGUUGUAACUAUUGGUGGCGCGGUUGCCUUCCUCUUGUUUGGCCUCAUUUACUUUAUCGAAUCUUUCUACGCAUAA